AUGGCGGAGGCGGGACCGGAGACUGAAUCAACCACCACCACAUUCUCGGACCCAUUUUCCAAAACAACCGAGCUUACUGAACCAAACCCGAAAAGGUUGAAGAUGAUAGAAGAGAAUCCAGGUGAUGAUGGAAACAAUAGUAGCUGUAACAAAGGGAAUAAUAAUAGUAAGCAUCCAGUUUACAGAGGUGUUCGUAUGCGGGCAUGGGGAAAAUGGGUAUCCGAAAUCAGAGAACCCAAGAAAAAAUCUCGGAUUUGGCUCGGAACCUUCUCUAACCCGGAGAUGGCGGCACGUGCACACGAUGUCGCCGCACUUUCCAUCAAGGGUAAAUCGGCGAUCCUUAAUUUCCCAGAACUUGCGGAUCUUUUGCCCAGACCUGAAUCAUGUUCUCCACGUGACAUUCAAGCUGCCGCCACCAAAGCUGCCGCCAUGGAUAACCUCACCACCACCACGUCAACACCGUCCACAUCCAGCUCCACGUCGUCAUCUUCUUCUUACUCCGCUGCGUCGACGUUGACUUCCUCGUCAUCGACGACGUCAUUGGUGACAUCGGAGGAAGUGUCGACGGGGACACCGGUGGAACCGGCUGAUGAGCUGAGUGAGAUAGUGGAGCUUCCGAGUUUGGGAGCGAGUUACGACUCAGCAAAGUCGAAAGACGAUUUCGUGUUUGUGGAUUCAGUAUGGGAUUUCUACUCACCGCCACGGUGGCCGGAGGGUUGCGACGGGGAUUAUUUUAGCGGAGAGCCACCGUCUUCUUUCUGGAGUCUUCCUAAUUCCUCCGGGGGCUUUUAUUUUGAUGCCUCGUUAUGGCAACAAUAA